UUCCUUCUUGAUUUCUUCCCCAAUAUAAAUGAUUUUCUCCUUCUUCUUCUUCUUUCUUCUCCUCCUCCUCCUUUACGCUUCUUCCCACCGACCCUUUUGAUUGUCUUCUCCAUCUCUACUACAAUGGGGGGAGUCGUCAAGUUCUGAGCUUUUCGUCUCUCCCUUCUUUUCAUGUCUUCUUUCAACUACCCAUCUUCCUUUCAUCCACACAAUCAUCUCAUUCCUACUACGCAGACUAAAGCUCCCUUCUUUCUAAUUUGUAUCUUUGUUCAAAUCUAACAAUCUGCCGCAAGUUGCAGGUUUUUCAACUUGCAGGUCUUCUCUCUUUCAACUUCUUUCUUUGCGGCCAAAAUCAAAGGGCCAAGGGAUUUUGAUGGGUGCAUAGUUUUAUUCUUGACAGAUCUCGUCGAUUUCACUUGCUUUUCUUCGUAAUUGUUUGUUAUAGUUGUGUAAACAGGGUAUAAUUUUUGGGUUUUUUUGUUUACGAGUUCUUCUUGACGUAGAAUAUCAUAAAGAUUGUAUCUUUUACGCAACUAAUCAGAUUUGAGUUUCCACCCAGCUGCCAGUUUUACUUGGUACUAUCUCCAUCUGUGUAAAUUAGGGUUUUCUUAGAUUCUAACUAGACCAGUUUAAAAUGGGUGCAAAUGGACACUCUUUUGUGGAGUGGAAAGAACAGUUUGUUUCUAAGGAAAGGGGUAACCGUAUUGUUCAUUAUUAUCUAAAGGAUAGUACAGGUGAAUCAGUCCUCUCUGUUGUGGGCACUGAAAGGAGUGUUAGGCAUAUGUUUUAUGUUGUAUCUGAUGAAUUCUUGGAGUUUUAUGGAGCCGAAACUUCAGUUCAUGCUGGUUUUAGAUGGAGAUCUAGAAGAGAGGUUGUGAAUUGGCUCACUUCCAUGUUAUCUAAGAAGCAUCGACAAAAGGAUCAAUCAAAAUCACCGAAGGAUGAACCUAAAAAGGUUAUUGAUCGUCAAUCUCCCGCCAUACCAUAUUACAAGGGUCGUCUUGGAAGGAACUUGAAAGGGCAUGCUUUGGACAUUGUUUGGUCGGGAGUUGCGUGGACAUGUGGAAAACAACUCAAGCAUUACCCAACUUUUUUUCGAAAUGGAAUUACCAUAGGGGUAAACUCUUUUGUCUUUGUGAUGGCAGAAGAAGAAAGUCAAUAUCUUGCUUACAUCGAAGACAUGUAUGAAGAUAAAAAAGGACAAAAAAAAGUUAAAGUAAGAUGGUUUCAUCAUAACCAAGAAGUCAAAGGAGUAGUUUCUCUACGUGGCUCCCACCCGAAAGAAGUUUUCAUCACUCCUUACGCUCAAGUAAUAAGCGCUGAAUGCGUUGACGGACAUGCAGUGGUCCUAACUCGCGAGCAUUACGAGAAAUGCCUAGCAGUUAUUCCCCAUUCCUUAUUAGCCAGAGCUCAUCUUUGCUAUCGACAAUUCAAGAGCAAUCGAGUUAAGCCAUUUAAGCUGAGUAAAUUGCCCGGUUACUUCGAUCAACAGAUAUUCUCUUGCUUCUCUCCCGAUUACUUUGAAGAGGAGGAGUUGAGCCCGGAAGAGAAUUUGAAAUCGGGAGGUAAGAAAACGCGAAAUUCCAGAGGAGUUCAGAUGUUGAAAUGCGGGCAGGAUGGAAAUGGAGAAACGAAGGUUAAUGGUUUUAGUAGGAAAGUGGUUGUAGUGGCAAACAAGAACAUUGAAUCUUGUGUUUUUAAGAUUGGUGAUAAGAUAGAGCUACUAUGCCAAGAUAGUGGUAUUCGAGGGUGCUGGUUUAGAUGUACUAUAUUAGAAGUUAAUCGGAAGAUGAUUAAGGUUCAGUAUGAUGACCUAGAAGAUGAUGAUGAAGAAGACGACUCUGGAAAUGUUGAGGAAUGGGUCCCGGCUUAUAGAGUAGCGAAGCCAGAUAAACUUGGAAUCAGAUAUCCUGGGAGAUCAACAAUCAGGCCUCCCCCUCCUCACAGAAAAACCGACCUUACUUUCGAUAUUGGAUCAAUGGUUGAUGCUUGGUGGAGCGACGGCUGGUGGGAAGGAAUCGUGACCGCACUUGAUAAUUCCAACCUCGAUUCUCUGCAGAUUUGCAUUCCUAGUGAAAACAAGUUUAUUAUAGUCGAGAGAAAGGAUCUUAGAAUCUCGAAAGAUUGGAAUGGUGAUAGUUGGGUUGAUGUCAAGACCAAACCUAGAUUGGUGGCUGCCUUAUCUUCAGCCACUGAAAUCGAGGAUGAAAUGUCGCUAAUUUCACUUAUUGUUAAGGCUUGCGAAUCUUCCGAUGAUAUUCAAGUCGGUUCAGAGGAGAAACAACGCUCUUUGGGAGAUGAAGAUGAUACUAGUAAUGUUUCUGAAAAAGGAGAUGCAGAAAAUACCCAUUCUAAUAAUAGCAGCACAGAUGAUAAUGACGAUGACGACGAGGAUGAAGAAGAAGACGAUGUUGAUAAUAAUAAUAAUAAUAACAACAUUGACGACAGCGAUAAUAACGACAACAAGGAUGAGCAGCCCAAAGUUUCUGAAUUGGAGUCUAUGGAAAUCGACAAUUGAAACAACAAAAUUUAUCGGUAUUUGUUUCGGAUCUAAUGUAAAUAAUCUUACGUUGGAUCGGAUUGUAUUGAAGGCUAUAACCCUAGUAUAGGGUUGUGUAAUUUUUACUGUAAAACUGUAAUUUUUUUAUUUAGCAUACAGGAUUGCUGGAUAUUAUAUGAUUUGAACUUUUUAAUGUAAGAUUUGAUCUCCAAAA